GUUAUCUACAUUGACUACAUUAAAUACAUAUAUAUGCAAGCUAAUAGAAAUCAAAGAUAAAGCAUUAAAAAGAGCGGCAAGAAUCAUAAACUAGUAAUGGAGUGUAUAAAGGAAAGAGAGAGAAACUGAGGAAAUGGCCAAGAAGGGAAAAGAGCAAGAAAGAGAAAAAAGGGACUAGAAGAGGUGAGAAAUGGAGGGACGCAGAUAGAAGCAAGAGAAGAGCAAGAAAGGAUGACAGCAGACCAAAUUUUAGAAGGAAGAAGAAAGAGAGAAGCAGAAGAGAAGCAGAAAAGGAUAAGGGAAUCCAAAUAUAACAUACAUUACAGAAAUAUCGCCAAAGAAGAAUUACCAAAGUACUUAGAAGGGAGGAUGAAGUGGAAUGACAGAAGAAUAUUAGCAAGAUUCAGAUCUGGAAACGAGACCAAAGCAAGGGAAUACUGGAAAGAAGAGGGAGAAAAAAGAUGCAGAUUAUGUAGAAGGAAAGAAGAAGACCUGAGACAUGUAAUAGAAGAAUGUGGAAUAACGAGAAGACUAAAGAACAUAGGAAAAACACUAAAUGAUACUGGAGAAGGUUUAACAGAAAUAAAAGCAAUAACAGAGAGGAGAAGGGCAAUACAAGACGGGAAGGAACGACAGGAAGGAAGCACAGCAAGGAGGCAAAAGCCCAAAGUUGCAACAGUUUUUAGUCAUUAGUUGUUAAUUUUUAGUUUUUAAUUUUAGCUUUUAGAGAUAGAAUAAUUAAGGGAGUGCAAUAUAAUAGAGUAGAUAAGAGGGGAGAUAGACAUAUAAGAAGCGAAACAGGUAUAAGAGAUGUAAAAUCGAAAGUUCGUCCAAAACCGAAAGGCACGGACUAAGCAAUAAUACAAUAAUAAAAUAAAUACAUAUAUACUUAUUAGAAAAUUUGCCGGAAGUGCACCUCCCAAAUGCGUUCCGAAAUUUACCAUUUUUUAAAGAUAAGUUUUAAGUAACAGGGAUACAAAAAUAUUAUAUAAUUCCGAAACGUUGUUCAUUCAACAUUUACGUUUUUAAAUAAAUUAAUUAAUUUAUUUAAAUUAAUUAGAAUAUUAUAUCAUAAAAUUUUUAUUAUAAAUGUCCAGACGAAGAUCAUGAUUGUCGAGUGCCAAAUGAUUUGUAUUUCUAAGAAUAAAAGAAGGA